GGCAUCCCCUUCUGGACCCCGGCUGAGAACGGCGACGCCGUGAACCUCACGGUUGAAGUCACAUACGUCGAUGAUGAGGCGAUCGCCAUAGUCACCCGUUCCUCCACCCAGCUCCGCGAGGCCAUCGGCACGGUGACCAACCUUUACGCCAAGGUAUUCGCCGAGAUCGGCCUGCGCAUCAACUGGAAGAAGGGCAAGAGCGAAGCUAUCGUCCGCUGCCGCGGCCCGGGCGCCACGAAAGUCGUUGCUGAGUUGAGGUCUGAGGGCGGCCUCCGCAUCCCGCUCGACGACGGAACUACCGCCAUGCACGUAGUGGAUGGGUACCAUCACCUCGGCGGCGUGAUCUCCGCCAGCGGGAGCAUGGUGCCAGAGGCCCGACUGCUGUACAACGUCGCCAUAUGGAUAAUGUCCCCCGCGGCUCUCAAGCAGAUCAACGGUCCCUACAUGCGUGCCCUGAGACGCAUUGCUGGCGAUAUGAAGGCUGGGCAUGCGCCUGCCUUCUCGGACCUCGCAGUGAUCGUGGACCUCAACCUACUCCGGCGCCUGGCGCCUGAGUUGGACGCCGUGCCUGGCUGCACCGAGGCCCCCAGCAUGUGGAAGUCUCGCAUGAGAGAAAACGACUGGACCUCGAUUGUACAGCGAGUCUUCUUCUGUGAGUCGUCGCUGGACAAGGUGGCCGUGCAAGGCUGCCACGCCCCGCCGGGUGUGCGAUUCCGGCGUGAUAGGUGCGACGCCAGCUUCCCGACCAACAAGGCGCUGUUACAGCAUAAGCGGAUCGCUCAUAAGCAGACUGCUCCUAUCAAGGCGUUCAUUGACGAUUCGGGCGCAUGCCCCGCGUGUAAAACAGACUUUUUGGAGCGGCACCGCGUCAUACGACACGUGUCUGAUAGCCGCCGCCCGGCUUGCCGCACCCAGAUCAUGUCGACUUUGCCAGCACAGAGCCCAGAAUUGGUGGCUGCGUGGGAGGCCCGCGACAACGAGCGAGUCAGGCUAGCCAGACGAGCUGGCUCGACCCACAUCCUGGCGGCCGGCCAAGCGGUCACAGCCGCAG